GUGCACCAUGCUUUCCAGGCUCCCCACCCCUUCGAUUGCUCAUCUCCCCCUCCCCCUCCAACCGGAAGCCCAUGGCGCACGGCGCUUGCUUAAGCCGCCCGCCUGCAUAGAGAGUCCAGUCGCUAGUGGGUUAGCCUAUGUUAGAAGUUUAGCUGUCGCUGCAUGCACGCGUCGAGUCUCCUCCUCCUCGUUGUCCCCUCGCUGCCGCUCGCUCGUGCAUGUGUACCAUGGGCGACCCUCCCCCUCUCCCCCUCCCCUACCUUCCAGUUUAUUGUUGCUCUUUGCAUGUGCCCGCGUUCUCUCUCUUAAACCAAUACCAUUGGUUCCCCCGGCUCACAUGCCACGGACCCCCCUACUACUCCAGGUAACCCCCUCUGGUGCAGGAACCCCCCCUCAGGUCCAGGUGCACCCCUCAGGUUCAGCCCGCCUUGGGGUCUGUGGCUUGUGGCCAUGCCUCCACCAGUGGCCCCUCCCUUCCCCUUCCAGCCUUGACGCUUUGCAGUCCGUGGCUUGUGCUUGCUGCUACGCCAUGCCCGCUGACCACUGCCGUCAGCUUCCCAUCCCUUGGUGCACUGGAGAAAGAAGGGAGCAGAGGAGAAGUGCUCACACCCCCCUCCUCUUUCCCCCCUGCAGCUUCCCACCCCUUGCUGGGGGUGAGCCUGGUGUGGAAGGGAUGAGCAUGGGUGUGCUGUGCUAUGGCACGGCACUCCUGCUUCUUGCAGUAGAACCAUCUGCGUGAGCAUCGCUAGCGCCAAUCCACUUCAAUGCCUGGACCAGGAUGUGGUCACCCAACAGCAUGCAAGAUUGUAGUGUAGAGUGUAGAGUAGGGUAGGAAUAGGGUGUAUUGUAAUCUGAUGCUUAUAUACACAAAUGUAUGCAUGUGUGAUAAUGUAAAUGAUUUUCUAGGGUAAAACACAUCAAGUC